ACCACUCUGACCAAGGCGUUGACUUCCUGGACCUCUCCUUCCGUAUCCUUGGCAGCCCUGCAGAACUGGGACCAGCAUACAGAAAUUGAACACAAACCUCCACAAAACCACAUAUAUACCAUCCACUUCAGCGUGCUCUGCUCCUGUCUCACGCUCCUUCCUCCUGGACCAUGGACAGCCCCCCUAAGCUGUCAGACGAGACCCUGAUCGUGCGCCACAUGCCCCUGGUUCACUGCCAGGUUUCAGGUGUGCGGAAGGUUGGCUGCGGGGGCUCACUGAAAAGGAGCAACCCGUUGAUCCCACCGGAGAACCUGGGCUUGAGUCGCACCACUUCCCUUCCAGAGAGAGACAUCCUUCAGAGAGAGGCACUCCUCUUCAGCAGCCUGAUCCAGACCUCCAGCGGCUCCUGGGCGUCUCACAACAGGGGGAGAGAUAGGAAAGUCGGAGGGAGAGGAAGCAGCACAGCAAGUGAUGAUUCAUCGUUUACCUCGAGUAAUUCUGACGACCAGCUGAUUACAGCUCACACAUUACCGCGAGUCAAACCGAGGAACAGGAAUCCAUUGCGUCACAAUCCCUUCCUCCUGAAUACCGAAGAUGAGGAUGAAGAAGAGGAGGAGGAUGGUGACAACCUCAGUGGUUAUCUCGAAGACUCCUCUUUUCACCUUCACAGUGACAUAAACUCUGCCCACGAUGACCAGAUGGCUUCUUUCCAUUUACACAACUUUGCUUCUGAGCCCUUCCUCUUGCACAGGUCAGUUGGUGGAAGCAGUGGGGAGUCCCUCAGGGCAGAAGCCUCGGACCUCUCCACCCAACUGGAGGACAUGGACAUUCUAGGACUGGACAGCCAGCUGCGCCUUGGCAGCAGCGGUUCCAACAUGUCCAUGGAUUGUGGAGAGCAAGACUGGGGCGAUGACGAUGGAGAGGAUGAAGAUCAUCCUAUGAGGUGUGGUCGGAGCUCCUCCAGCUCCUCCGUGCGACAGUGCUCCUGCUGUGCUCUCAGCCAGAACUACCCCCAGCACUUCCCUGAAUCCUUCUCAGAGCCUUUCUCGGAGUGCCAGCAAGGCUACGGCAGCGACUCCUCUUGCAACAGCUCGGAUGGCGUGCUCGUGAACUUCAGUGCCAUUUACAACAAGAUGAACAACAGCAUUCCCGAGAAGCCACCGGUCUCUGGGCACACCAACCUCAACAGCUCCACAGACCACUCCCGCACCUCGUCUGUGUCUGAUCCUCCUGGAAACAAGAGAGACUCGGAGACCGGAGGGGCCUUCUAUCUAGACCUUCACACCUCGCCAACGGAGCCUCCCUUGUCACAGCAACAACCCUUCCCUCUGGUCCAUGAUCCGCACUUGUCCACCUCCUCCACCUGCUCCUGUGCUGUAGAGCACCAAGGGGUUCUUGAUCUUGACGCAAACUGCAACUCUUACCAGCCUCCACAUUCUGGGUCGUCUGGAGACUUCGUGUCCUGUCUCCAGAGUCAGGCAAGCCUAGUUGUCGCCACACAAAAUUACUACAAGCUGGUCACCUGUGACCUUUCGUCCCAGUCGUCCCCGAGCCCUGCAGGCUCCUCGGUCAACAGCUGCUCCGAUGAGCACAGCAAAGGCAGCCCCACCCCGACCCAACCCAAUGAGUACUUCCUAUUCAGGCAAAGAGCUGAUGAAGAGGGUGUGGAAGAAGAAGAUGAAGAUGUGGACUCUUCUAGGCGAGAUGAUGAAGAUGAUGAUGUUGAUAAUGAAGAAGAGGAUGAAGAGAAGAAAAAUCAGCAGGCAGUCGGUGGGACUGAAGCUGCUCCUACCGUGAUCCAAGGUCAGGUGUACGUCAACAUCUCCCCUCCAACGGUUGGUCGGGGUCUCAUCGGAGCCUCCUCUGAAAGCCGCCCCCGCUCUCGCAGCUACGACCGCAACCUGGACAAGUGUCCAACGCCUCGACUCGGGUCUCUGGAGCGUAUGUUGAGCUGCCCAGUGCGGCUCAGCGAGGGCGCUGCCCCCACCCCGCCUCCUCCUCCAAGAGUCACCUCUUUCGCGGAGAUCGCCAGAAGCAAGCGGAGAAACGGAGCAUCGGGGGGGUCGCCUCCACUGAAGGGAGCUGCAGACCCUUUCUCCUCCACUUACUCCACCCACUCCCACUCCUCCUUGGAUUUCUCUCCGAUCCUGGAGCAGCGUGUGGAGGUUGACAGUAACAGCCUGUCACCUGUACCCUUCACCAGAUGUUACAGUCAGGGCAGCAUUGAGCGACACCUGGAGGGGGCAAGGGACCCCCGUACUAAUGUGGAAGGUGGCCUCUCCAGUUCCUCUGAAAGCCGUCCUGUGGUGGUUCGCUACACCAAGGACCAGCGGCCCACCACCCUCCCCAUCCAGCCCUUCACCUUCCACCACCAGUUCGCCUCCAAGCCCCCGAAGCCGAAGCCUCUGCUGCCCCUGCUCACAGGCUACAUCUCUGAGAUGCAGGCCCGCUCCGGCUCCAGCUCCAGCUCUGGCUCUGGAGGUCCAGCGGGGGAGGAAAGUGAAGAUGCAGAAGAGAAUGUUCACCGGUACCAAGGGGCUGCCGCAGCCCCUCCACCUGGAGCGGUCCGACCCUCACCUCUCGGGAGCUACUCCCCUGUGCGGCUGCAGGGGAUGCCCAGCUCCGGGUCCUGCUCCACCUGCACCCCCAGCCCUCAGCCCACACACAGCCUCUCCUGCCCCCUGCACAGCCCGCCCACAGGAAAGCAUGGAGGGGGCUCAGGACCGUUACUGCCCACCCCUCCAUCUCCAUCCCUGGGGGUGAAGAGAGGGAAUAUGCCCCCAAUGCUGCCAGCGGUGCAGGGACACUGUUUCCAUCAUGGAGCUCUGCAGAGUUUACCGGCUCUUCAUAGCGACUCGCUGAGCCCGAUGGGAUGUGUGGACUCUCAAGUGGAGGGAAGCAAAGGAUCCGGAGCCAGGACACAUAAUGCACACCACCUCUCCCCCCAGGCUCUCAAAUGGAGGGAGUACCGUCGUCGAAACCCCCUGGGUCUGGAGAGGGCGGUCUCAGAAGGCUACUCUUCUGCAGGAUCAGACCCCCUCUCCGAUCACCUGCAACCCAGAAAGGGCGGGGGACCACGCCCUGCCCGGCGGAACGUGUUUGACUUCCCUUCAGCCCCAUCUGGCCACGCGCUGGGACGCCUUCAUGCAGUGGGCCAAUCAGCCAAGCUGCAGCAGAUCUACAGCGACUUCCUGCCGGACUAUUUCUCCAUGACCGAGAGGCCCCCGGAGGAGUUCUGCCUCUCCCCCGACGCCUCAUCUUCCUCCUCUUCUGGCACUUCCUCACACUCCCACAUCUCUGUGGACCUGACGAAGAAGAGAUGUUCGGUAAAAGCUGUGAACACAGCAGUGGAUCUGAUUGUGGCACACUUCGGCACCAGUCGAGACCCAGAUGUAAAGGCUAAGCUGGGGAACAGCUGGGUGAGUCCCAAUGUGGGUCACCUGAUCCUGAAGUACCUGUGCCCGGCGCUGCACGAGGUGCUGCAGGACGGUCUGAAGGCCUACGUCCUGGACCUGAUCAUCGGACAGCGGCGCUGUCAGCCCUGGAGCCUGGUGGAGGCCUCCACACAGCUGGGCCCGUCCACACGGGUUCUCCACAGCCUGUUCUCCAAGGUGAGCCAGUUCUCUGAGCUCACAAGCCACAGCAUGAGACUCAACGCCUUCAUCUUCGGCCUGCUCAACCUAAAAUCUUUGGAAUUCUGGUUCAAUCACCUCUACACACAUGAAGAUAUAAUAGCAGCACACUACCAGCCUUGGGGUUUCCUCCCCCUGUCGCAGGGGGCGUGCCGGCCUCUCUUUGAGGAGCUCCUCCUCCUGCUGCAGCCGCUGUCGCUCCUCCCGUUCGACCUGGACCUGCUCUUCGAACCCCACCUCCUCCAAAAGGGCAAGGAGCACCUCCGUCGCAAAGAGCAGCUGUGCUCUGCGGGACAGAGUGUCGACCAAUCCACGCGUUCAACCUUCCAGCUCAUGAGAGGAUGGAGCACUACCGUGAGCGAGAUGGUCCGAGACUCAAGCGUAGAGGUGAAGAAAGAGAGGGCAGGGCUGAGACGGGAGGGGACGUGGCCGAGGAUGGAAGGGGUCGGGGCGAGGAGGGAGGCAGCGGGAGAUAAACUCAGAGUGAGGAGCGAGGCGGCAACGACGGAUAGCAUGACAUCCGGGACUGUUAGUAACUCGGCCAUAAUGGAAGACGGGUUCGCUAAUCUCUGGAAGGAGAGGGGGAUGAGUGGAGAGAGAAUGAAAGGCGUUGGACAAGAGAGCCAAGGAGAAGGUGAGGAGAUAAACAGGAGGAAAGAAAAAGAGAGCGAUAUGGCUGACGAGGGGCGUCAGCGGCAGGAAAGACAAGCGGGAUGGUGGUACCAGCUCAUGCAGUCCUCCCAGGUUUACAUCGACCAAUCCGCAGAGGGGUCCAAGUUUGUUAAGACCGAGAAAAGAAAGAAGUCAUCAGAAAGAAGACCGAAUCAGCUGCCCCCCACCAGAGAGGGAGUGGUGGAGGGGGCCGAGUCCAGCCAAGAAGUGGAGGGCCGUAUAAGCAGCAGUAGCUCCAGUGGGGAGUCGGCCGGAUCCAGGAAGAAGCCCUCAUGGAUGGGCAGCCCACCCGACUCUGUUCUCAACCAGGAGAAAGAGACCAAACCUCUGGAGGCGACAGGGACUGGGGCUCAGGCUACAGCCCAGGAGGAGAGCCCAUCCCAGGGUCUGCGCUGGGGGAGACUCUUUGGAUCCACUCUUGGUUCUCCUUCCAGGGCGGUGGCGGCUGAACAGAAAGCAAAAACUAAAAAAAACAGGCCUCCAUCAGGAUGGCUUUCUCUGGACAGAUCUGUUUUUGACCUAGUAGCUCAGACGAUUGGAACCGGUAGUGGGAAGAAGGCGGAGCCUCCGUCCACACAAUCCUCACCUCCACCAACGUCAACCCCUCCUCCUGAAGCCAGACACAAGUGUCCAUGUGAAGUACGAGCGCUGUGUCACCACAUCGCCACUGAGCCCGGACAGCUGAGCUUCAACAAAGGAGACAUACUGCGGGUCCUGAGCAAGGCUGACCCAGACUGGCUUCUGUGCUCCCUGGGCUCCAUUCAGGGCCUAGUCCCCAUCAUCUAUGUCACCCUGAAGAGCAUGGAGGACAGCCAGGAGGCCACCGGACUUGGGCGGUGCUGAAUCAACGAGAGGAAUUAAUGCGAUAUAUUUGGAGAUAGACAGCCACACACCCAAUAAAACAAAACCUGUUUUUUUACGGAUAACUGUAUAUUUAUUUGGGGUGAUUCCUGAAAAGAAAAUAUGUACAGACACAUGCAAGGGAAGCAUGCAAGCUGAAAAACUUCAAGGGUACAUCCUGACAAGUAUGCAUGCAUACAUCCAUAAACCAAAAGCUGGACAAGAAAAACCCAAAGACACUCUGACGUGAAGCUAGCUUAACCGUGACUGUCCAGUGUCAAAAUCAUCAUAGGAGAGGCUAAUCACAGAUAUACACAAUAUGAUAAUAUAACAUGCCUAGCUGCACUCCGCUGUACUGUCUGUACGCUCACCUCGCUGUGCCACACUCAUGUAGAAAUCUGUUGAUUCUUGCUUUUUUUUGGUAAGGUGGCUGUAAAAGAAAAAAAGUGUCUGCUUCAGUUGCAUAGAUUCACCAUAUUAGUAUUCAUAUAAGCCAAGAAGAAAAGGAGGCAAACGUUGUAAUGUUUUUUUAAUUUUACAUUAUUUGAUCAAAGCCUAUAUCAUGACAAAGGGAUAGAGAGCUUCAUUUCCAUACAAUACUUACUACAGCUGUGAUGAAUUGAUGGCUGAUAUUGUUUAAAUGCAUGUGACCUUAAAACAAUCGUUAUCCCUUCAAUCUAGUUUCACCACAAUCCCCCAUCAUCCAAGGACACUUCUGAAGAGCGAGUGGCUGCAGUCCGAGUGCAUUCGAUCUAACGGUACAUACUGUAAAUGCAUAUAUGACUUCCACAUGUGGUAAUUUAUUUAUUUUUCAAUAAGCAGAGAGGAGCAUCCUGCAGAAAGACAGGGAAGGAUGUCCAAUGAAAGCAAAAGCAUUGCUGAGGCCUUUUUUUUAAUCUGUUAGGGAUACAACCCUGAAAAUGAUUGCUAAUUAGUUUUAUGCGUUGCAUUUAAAGAGGGGUAAAAUAUCUUAUCUAUGCCUUAAAGCGCUUGAGGAAAGAAAAGGGAGAAUAUACAUUAUAUUUUGUAUAUGCUAUGAAGUGACAUUUCCCCCUGAUUCUUUAGAAAGAAAAGUAUAGAGAUGAUAGCGAGGGGAUAUUUUUGUGUCGUUUAAAGGGAAACCCCAACAAAUUUUGUGAUGGUGGUAAAUGCCCAGGAAUAAAAUGCUGCCUUAGGUUACAAAGUCACCUAAAAUGAUGGUGAGUGUAUACAGAUGCCCAAUCCAAAUACUUCACAAUAUAAAAUGGUUAAAAAAAAUCAGUGUACAUUUAUUAAAUAAAGGAAUGCUUGUGUAGUUUUUGAAAAACUUACAUAGGAUACAAUUGUUCCAUUUAACAUUUCUUUGUGUUCUUUUUUUGUACAGUCUUAUUCUAAGCACUAAAAAAAUGCAUCCUACUGUAUAAUAAAAUCCUUUAGAGCUACAUGUAUGAAUGGUAUUACUGGGUUAAUGCAUUUUAUGUUAAAUAAGGUUUAGCUUCUGUGCUAACAACCAUAAUGAUAGCCGACAUUGGAAAGUGUGAGGGUUAUUUUGGGUUCUUCCAUGCAGUUUGCUGUUCAUUGACAUCCCGUUCAGAGUUCACUUGGAAACAAAUGCAGCAGUGAAAAAAAACAAACAUGGAAGCUCAGGGGAAAGAGGUAAGAACAGAUUGAGUUUUUAUUUGGCAUUUUCUUAGCUAAAUUGCUGUGCUCUGCAGAGAGAAAGAAAGAAAUAAGCCUUUGGCCAUUUUCCUUUCUUUCUCUUGUUUUUUUUAAUCUACUUUCUCUCUCCUCCCUGGCUGCCUGUAAAUACCUCCAGCAUCAAUGACACUGCUCCUCUCUCUCUGUCCAGGCUAUAUGACGUGUAUGUAUGACAUUAUCAAACUAAUAUGGAUGUUAAAUAACAAAGUGCUCAACUGAAAA